AUGGAGCCAAGCCAGAUGGCAAGGAAAAUGUCUGAGCUUAGUCAAUCUCAGCGAACCAAAAUUGAUUCCCUGCUCAGCGUCCCUUUUCUUCGCAAGAGCAACACUCGGGCUAACGACGAAGUGAUGGAAAAAAGAAACUUGGACUCCAUCUCUCAGGCGUCCUCCACUCGGCAGUCCUCGACGAGGAUUGAUUCAUCUAGGGAUGCGAGCAAGGAGGGGACAGGCCGAAAGCUGUUGAACAUACUGAGAAAAACUCUUAAAGGAAAUGAGAGCAAAGAAUUGGAUGUAGCACAAGAAGUACCAGCUUUGGUUCCAUUCGGUGAUGUAGUUGGCUGCCUGGCUGUUCAUAUAAAGAGAUGUAGGCAUUUUUCACCUAGGAUCAACUUACAGUAUUACACAAAUCUGUUUAUUCGCAUCACUGUGAACAAGAUCAUGAAAUAUACUAAAGCUCAUUCCUUGAAUUCUAAGAAUAAUGAGAAGAGACCUGGGAUUACGUUUGAAGAAGUCAAAUACUUCUCUGUACAGGUUCCAAGACGUCAAAAUGAUGGAAGGAAUAUGAUUUAUUUGGAACUAAUGAAAUCUGAUGAUUUGGAAGUAUAUCCUAUCGUGUUGGGAAGUUUUAGCUUACACCUUUAUGGAAUAAUUCAGAAAGGAUGCUACACAGAAGAAUUUUUUAUGAAGAAUAGAAACCUGAUUGUCUGCAAGGUUGAAGUGGAGUUUAUGUUUUCCUAUGGAAACUUUGGUUACGGCUUUUCACAUCAGUUAAAACCACUUCAGAAAUUUAUUCAGCCAUCCAUGUUUAUGCACGUCCCUCCGCCUGUAGAAAGAACAGACCCUCUAACAAAUGUUAUCACACCACAACUGAUAGAAUAUCCAGCGUUCCUGUCCCCAGACUUGAAUGUUACUGUUGGGACACAACAAAAACAGACUCAUACAUCAUCUCCCAUACGCCUUGAAAAACUUCAGCAACAACCUCGAGACAGGCUUGACAGGAUGAAGAAGGAAUACCGAAAUCUGAAAACAUGGGAAGAAAAGUCUAAGUAUUUAGAACAAAUUCUUUGUAUGAAAGCAGAACCCAAAGAGUUUCCUGAGUUGACUGAUACCGAAGGCAAUGAUGGCGUAUUUAUAAAGCAUGAUUCUCCACCUCUCGCAAGUUUCUCUCGCUCACCAGAAUUCUCAUUAAAAAAGCAAGAGGAUAAACCUCUUCCAUCUGAAUUUCCUGUCAAAACGCCUGAAGUUAAGAAGAGCCCCCCGCUGGUAGAAAUGAGGGAGGGGCGAACAAAUUCACGUUGGACUCGGCGAGAAGAUGCUGAAAAAAAAAUAGAAAGCAAUGCUUUCGAAGUAAGCAUCCCUUUACCUCCUGUUCCAUCAAGGGAAAAAGAUAUUUGUGUAGAAUCCAUAGAUGGAAGAGAGGAUGAACUAAAGCGUGAAAACAUUGGACGUAAAGGAGAACCGUCAGAAAGACGGAUCACAGACUCGACUUCACCGGAAAUAAAGCUAAAGCAGAGUCAUACAGGCCCAGGAGUAAGAAGCUUAAUUCAAUCAGAAACAAAGUUGAAAAGUAUCAUAUUGAGCCCAUUUAGAAAAAAGAAAAGCACAGAUGAACUUGAAUCAGAAACAAAAAGGCAACCGUUAAAGCAAGAAAACAAACGGAGCUCAGAAUUUAUUGAGCUAAAAGACUUUGAAGCAGUUACAAGGAUGCAUCUUUCUGGACACGGUGGCUUUAAUGUUUCUCAGGAAGCUCCAGAAUUCCCCUCAAGUGCAGAUCUGAACACAGAGAAGUCUGAAGAACAUACUAGCUUGGCUGAAGCUAAAGACAAGAAUGAGGAACAGGAAAAGUAA